CAGCUCAAUCCUCGGUUUAUUGAAAUUCAUAUUCAAAAUCAAUUCAGAUCAAUUCAUACAUACAACGUCAAAUUCUGAAUCUUUCUACAUCAAUUGAAUUUAUAAGAUAUAGAAUAAUGAGUUUAUAUCGAUGAAUAUCUCAUUAGCAGCAAGAUGCGCCGGCCGAGUGAGGUCGGGUCUUCUCUCCGGCUCACGAGCCGCCUGUCUUAGACCUUACGCACUGCCCAUACAAUACCAGCACCAAAUCUCAUCACGCACAACCCGCAUCCUCCUCCCUAAAACUCAAGCCUUCUCGGUCCUCUCAGCCCGUCAAAACAAUGCACCUCAGAACCCACCACCGGGACCCACACAAGGACAAGAGCAAGAGCAAGGCCAACCUGAAGGGCAACCGCCGCCGUUUCCCGGGCGAAGACAGCAGUACAAGACAUGGAUCCUCUUCAACCUCGCCGGCCUCAGCGCCGUCAUCAUGUUCGCCCUAGUCCUCAAGGGCGCGCCCUCGGACCAGAACGCAGUCAUCAACACAUCCUCAUUCAGCCCCUUCACCAUAACCAGCAAAGAGCAAGUCUCGCCCACCGCGUUCGUCAUCAGCGUGCGCGCCGGCGACUCCCCCGAGAAAGGUAAACCAGGGUCCACAAAACCGUUCAAAGACGCCUGGGCCUACGGCCUCUGGUCCGUCGAGGCGAAGCAGCCGCAACUACAAAUCGCGCGGCACUACACGCCGCUUCCCCCCUCAUCUAGCGACAACAACAGCAACGACGAAGCGGAGCUACGAUUCCUGAUCCGCAAGAUGGACGGCGGCGAGAUGUCCACGUACCUCAGCAAGCUGGGCGUGGGCGAGCAAGUGUACCUGCGGGGCCCUCACCCGAGCUUCGACAUCGAGAAGCGUCUCGGGUUCGCCGAGAACGCCGUCUUCCUCGCCGGCGGCACGGGCGUCGCGCCCGCGCUGCAGGUCGCUAAGAGGCUUCUGGAGAUUCCUAUACCGGAGCAGGAGAAGCCGCGGGUGUCUAUCCUGUGGGCGAACCGGCGCGGCGCGGAUGCGCUGGGACGGCGGCAGGCGUCUGGAGUAGGGGGGAAGGUGCAGGGGUGGAUAACGAGUCUGCGCGGGGACGCGGCGGAGGCGAAGGAGAAGCGGGACGUCAAGGAGCAGGAACGGAGCGACGAAGCGUCGCUGGCGCGACAGAUUCGCGAGAUGCAAGAGCAGCACCCGGAGCAUUUCCGAAUAGCGUAUUUCGUCGAUGAAGAGGGCUCUUUCAUCAACGCAGAAUCUCUACACGCUGCCCUCUCGCCACCGCCUUCCUCGUCCCCAUCCCCAUCUCCAUCCACGACCCCUAUUCCUGUUAGACAACCAACGCCCCUCCUCCCCCCAGCAUCGACAUGCCCGUGGCACUCGCCCAUGCUCCUCACCAAGCUCCCCGACGCCAACGACAGCAGCCGGCGCGACAUAAACUGCACGUGCGCGCGCGCGGCGCCCAAGAGCUACACCGCGGCCCACCCGGGAGCGAAGCCCGGCGCGAACCUGGUCUUCGUGUCCGGGCCCGACGGCUUCGUGGGUGCUUACGCGGGGCCGAAGCGCUGGUACAAGGGCGGCGAGAUGCAGGGUUCGCUUGAUGGGGUUUUGAAAGGGGUUCUGGAGGAGCGGGACAAGAAGGGGGGAGAGGGGCAGAGGGAGAAUUGGAUGGUUCUUAAAUUAUAGGGAUGAGUAGGUAGGUAUGGAUUGUAAAUGUAAAAAAAGGCAGGGAGAAUUGAAAUUAUACCACUCUGUGAAUUGAGGCCAUUUGAAUAGUUUAUACAUAUUCAACAUUCAGCUAAGUUCAAGUUGUUCCACACAGUCAAAUUCGUACACCGAUAUGGAUAGCAUAGAUUUCGAAAGGACAUUUGAGCUUCUCGUUUUAAUUCAUUUUAACCCAUAUAUACUAGGUAGGUUUGACUUGCGU